AUGGCGUGGUUUAGUGGGAAAGUGUCUCUGGGAAACUUCCCGGAUUUCUCAGAGGCGGUGAAUAAGCUGAGUGAAAGUGUGAAGAACAUUGAGAAGAACUUCGACACCGCUCUUGGGCUCGAGGAGAAAUCCGAUGGUAGUGGUAGCGGCAGUGAAGCAUCAGGAGGACUGUGGCCAUCUACGGACAGGAAAGCGCUGUUUGAACCCAUUAUUGGGUUUAUGGGGCAGAAAGGUGGCGAGAAUACCGUUGAUUCACCAGAAAAGCCUACAUCCCCAAAGCCAGAGUCUCCUGUAAAGGGAAAACAAGUUGAGUAUGAAAACUUAGCGCGUGAAGAAAUUGAACAGGUUCUUCAUGUGGAACAAGAAAAUGAAGAUUUAAAAAUUGCAGAUCUAAAGAAAGAAUCUGGAGAGGAAACAAAAGCAUCCACUGGGGAGACCAAAGAAAAUGCUGGUGUAGAACAUGUUGAACCUCAGGUGGAUUUGCCUUUAGUUCCUGCCACAUUACCGGAACAAAAACAUGAAGAGGUUGAGCAAACAGUAUUCGCGGAAACAAAUGCAGAGGAGAGGUCAAAGGAUAUAUUUUCUACGUCUUCUGAGUCUGUACAACCUGAAUCUGCACACAAUUUUCAGGAGAGAUCAGAUGAAGUUCCUCCUGCACAUGUCGAGUCACUUCAACCAGAGUCGGCAAAUCAUGUUGUUGAAAAUGAGAUUAUUGCUUCUGUGCCUUCAAAAGACGCUGAAUCUUCAGAGAGUUCAAAUGAAAAAAAUGUGGAAAAAGAAGGCUGUAAAGAUGUUUUUCCAGCUCAAGAUCUGGAUGCGUUACCUGAAGCCACAGAGGAAAACAAAGAAAUGUCUGAAUCAGAAGUUCCUGGAGAGAUCAGAGACGCUGAAAAUAAUUCUCAAGACAGGUUGCCUGUUUUACAGUAUAAGGAUGUGGAAGCUUCAGUUGAAGCUUUGGAUAUGGUUAGGACUCUGAAUGAUACCGUGUCUAAACCAAUUGAGCUGACACAUCACCCAGACAAAAAUCCUCAUGCAAAAGAACACCGUCUAAGUACUGGAAGCAACAUGCCUGAUAGUGCAGACACAAUGUCGGAACUUGAGAAGUUGAAAAAGGAAAUGAAAAUGAUGGAAACUGCAUUGCAAGGAGCUGCUAGACAAGCUCAGGCAAAGGCUGAUGAAAUUGCCAAGUUGAUGAAUGAAAACGAGCAGCUAAAAUCCAUAACUGAUGAUCUGAGAAGGAAAACAAAUGAAGCUGAAGUUGAAUCUCUACGGGAGGAGUAUCAUCAGAGAGUGGCAGCACUUGAAAGAAAGGUUUAUGCUCUUACUAGGGAAAGAGAUACACUGCGUAGAGAACAAAAUAAAAAAAGUGACGCUGCAGCUCUUCUGAAGGAAAAGGAUGAGAUAAUCACUCAAGUGAUGGCUGAAGGUGAAGAGCUCUCAAAAAAGCAAGCUGCUCAGGAAUCCCAAAUUAGAAAGCUCAGGGCACAGAUAAGGGAGCUUGAGGAAGAGAAGAAAGGAUUGUUAACAAAGCUACAGGUUGAAGAGAAUAAAGUAGAGAGCAUAAGAAGAGACAAGUCAGCAACUGAGAAGUUGCUCCAAGAAACUGUAGAAAAACACCAAACUGAACUUGCCGAUCAAAAAGAAUACUACACAAAUGCUCUGAAUGCUGCAAAAGAGGCUGAAGCACUAGCUGAGACACGUGCAAACACCGAAGCGAGAACUGAACUUGAAAGUCGACUAAGAGAGGCCGAAGAGAGGGAAAGUAUGCUAGUUCAAACACUUGAAGAACUAAGGCAAACUCUAAGCAGAAAGGAGCAGCAGGCAAUUUUUAGAGAAGAUAUGCUUCGCAAGGACAUCGAAGAUCUUCAAAGGCGAUAUCAAGCAAGUGAACGUAGGUGUGAGGAGUUAAUAACACAAGUUCCUGACUCUACCAGGCCUCUUUUAAGGCAGAUUGAAGCAAUGCAGGAAACAGCCUCCAGACGGGCUGAAGCUUGGGCUGCUGUUGAAAGAUCUCUAAGCUCCCGUCUUCAGGAAGCAGAGGCCAAAGCUGCAACUGCCGAGGAAAAGGAGCGUUCAAUUAAUGAGCGUUUAACUCAAACUCUGUCUCGAAUAAAUGUUCUUGAAGCUCAGAUUUCAUGCCUUAGAACUGAGCAGACUCAGUUAACGAGGUCCCUUGAAAAGGAGAGACAGAGGGCAGCAGAACAUAGACAGGAAUAUCUUGCUUUAAAGGAAGAAGCUGACACUUAUAAAGGUCAUGUGAGUCAGCUUGAAGAAGAAAUUCGGGAACUUAGGAGAAAACACAAGGAUGAGCUGCAUGAAGCUAUUAUGCAUCAAGAGCUACUUCAACAGGAACUCGAUCGGGAAAAAGCUGCUCGUUUGGAUCAGGAAAGGGUUUCCAGCCUCCCGCCACUUAAUAUACCUGAUCAAAGCUCCAUAGCUAGGCAAAAGUCUGCUGCUUUUGAAAAUGGUAGCUUGUCCCGUAAGAUCUCGAGUGCAAGCAGCUUGAGCAGUAUGGAAGAAAGCUAUUUUCUGCAAGCCACGUUGGGCUCAUCCGAGAAUUUAUCUGAACGUAGAUCCAUGGCUGAGGGUCCGGUGAGCCCAUACUAUAUGAAGAGCAUGACGACAAACGCUUACGAAGCUGCCCUUCGUCAAAAGGAAGGAGAGCUUGCGUCAUACACAUCUAGACUGGCUUCUAUGGAAUCGAUUCGGGAUUCUCUUGCGGAGGAGUUAGUUAAAAUGACGGCAGAGUGCGAAAAGCUACGGGCAGAAGCUUCUAUGCUACCUGGAAUACGAGCAGAAUUAGAGGCACUCAGGCGGAGGCACUCUGCUGCCUUGGAGUUAAUGGGUGAACGUGAUGAGGAGUUGGAAGAACUUCGUGCGGAUAUAGUUGAUCUGAAGGAGAUGUACAGAGAGCAAGUAAACUUACUUGUCAAUAAGAUUCAAAUACUGAGUUCGUCUAUUGGCGCUGCUUGA